CUUUUUCAGUUAUUAAAAACCCAAAUCUUUCUUUGGUUCCCUUCCUCCGCUAAAUUCAACCUUUCCACAAUUUAUCUCUCUCUCUCACACACACCUCAGCUUCUGGUGUUCGUCUCUAUCUACCUCUCCCCCAAAUCUCAAUUUUGGACUCCUCUGGCUUUUUUUUUUUCGUUUUGUUUAUAAAAACACUUCUCCUCUUCUUCAAUCCUCACACCACCACACAAACCACUACUUCGAUUUCUCCAGAACCCUCAGUCAUGGAAGAUCCCUCAGUCAUGGAAGAAACUAAGGUUGAAGCAAAAGACGGAACCAUCUCUGUGGCUUCUGCAUUUUCCGGUCACCAACAAGCUGUGCACGAUAGCGACCACAAAUUCCUAACGCAAGCUGUUGAAGAAGCUUACAAGGGAGUUGACUGUGGUGACGGUGGCCCAUUUGGUGCUGUGAUUGUGCAUAAGAACGAGGUUGUAGCUAGCUGCCACAAUAUGGUUUUGAAAUACACAGAUCCAACUGCACAUGCUGAAGUCACAGCCAUUAGAGAGGCAUGCAAGAAACUUAACAAAAUCGAGCUAUCAGAAUGCGAGAUCUACGCAUCUUGUGAGCCGUGUCCCAUGUGCUUUGGAGCCAUCCAUCUCUCGAGAGUCAAGAGAUUGGUUUAUGGAGCCAAAGCCGAAGCAGCUAUAGCCAUUGGGUUUGAUGACUUCAUAGCUGAUGCUCUAAGAGGUACCGGGGUAUACCAGAAAUCCAGCCUGGAGAUCAAGAAAGCGGACGGGAAUGGCGCCGCUAUUGCAGAACAAGUAUUCCAGAACACCAAGGAGAAGUUCCGUUUAUACUAAAAGCUCUUCUCCAUCAUCACAUUCUCCUGUCUUCUUCUCCUUCAUGAUGGCAAUUAGAAGAAGUAAAGGAAGAAGAUACGCACUUGCUUUUAACUAAAUAAAAUUUCGGUUUCAAAUUGUUCAUUUUAUAACCAGAAGGAAAACAAAAACAAAAAGGAAAAAAACUCAAUUUCGGUUCUUGUUGACAUGCUUUGUAUUACUUUUCCCUCCAUUUGAAUUGAACUGGUAAAUACUUUCUUCUC